UUGGCACCUCACACAGUGAAUUCACUCAGUCAGUCAGUCGAUCAGUCACGAUGGCAGAGUCCAUGGCAUGGAUGGAUGGAUGUGUCUUGACACGAUGGACGCGACGAAUGAGAUGGAUGGAUGGAUGGAUGCAGCAGCAGCCGGUUGGUCAGUGGCCGGCCAUGCCAGCGCAUUCACACACGAACCCUGCACCACGCGUGCGUGCCACCAAGACAGUCACUCACUCACUCACUCAGCAACCAGUAAGGAGCUCUCUCACGCUACACAACACACAACACACGACACACGACAUCACGUGGCGUGGCGUGACACCACAGCACAUCCCAGCACAGCACAGCGUACGUCAUAGGCACGCAGCGCACCUCGGCAGCAAUCAAUGGUGCCCACGUUUUAAAAGAUGCGGCGAGUGGCCAGGUUGGUCUCUCUGCCUGCCUGCCUGCCUGCCUUGCUGUCUGAGUGGAUGGAUGACUGGAUGGCUGGAUGGCUGUCGGUCGAAAACUGAUCAUCGCUUUGCUGCAUUCGUCAUGAGUGCAGCCAGCGAAUGGAAAAACCUCAAUACGCUGUCAGUAAUGUGGUGUGCCAGUCGACACCUGUUGCGCAGCAGAGUCAUCCUGGUGUCUCCAGGGCGAAUCCGCAACGUGACAGCCCACGACUGACUGACACGCACACGAGACAGCGCGAUCCACUCUCUCUCGCUGCUGGAGAAUGCUGGUAGCAUCACAGCCUGCCUGUCUGCCAGCCAGCCAGCCAGUCAGUGUCAGUGGUCAUGUUGGUACGUUAGAUAUCGACUAGGUAGAGAGAGUGGAUCGGAUCAGUCAGUGUCUUAGUCAUUCAUUCGGUCACCGUGGUCAGUCAGGUCUCCUCAUCCAGUCGAUCGAAACACAACGAAAAAAGAACCUACGAUAGAUGCCAGCAGAGCAGCCACCAGGCGGGGCGGGCAGAAACGAUGGAUGCUGCAGUGUCCCUCCGUCUGUCUGUCCGUCCUGGCUGCUUGGCUUGGUGCGACGGUCAUCAAGUGCAUGGUGGGAGUCGAGUCGGUCUCUAAAAAAUGCUCUUUGGGUGCGGUGCGAAUGUCUGUCUGUCUGUCUGUCUGUGUGUGCGAAUGUAUCAAGCGAUGGAAUAAAAGCCAACCAACCGCCCGUUGAUUGCUGCUGCUGCGGUGUAUCCGAUACUGUGCCGUGGUGCGUAGCCUUAAAUCGAAACAAACAAACACGCAAAAGGCAGGCAGGCAGGCAGUCAUGAUUCAGACAGAGAGAGUGGAUAGAUAUAUAUAGUUCUUGACAUAUACGUUUGGGGUCACAGAGAGAUCACUAGCCAGCCAUUUUGUGUGCACGUAGGUAGGCGCGGGUUCCCACCCGCCCUUUUGCUGCGCACACACUAAGCACACACACCACACCACACCACACGACACCACACGCACACGGCAUUUCAACUAUAGAUAACAUACCGCUUAGCAUCCAUCCGUCCAUCCAGCCAUGCAUCAUGCACCCUGUACCAGUCGCCACGGAACGAUCACACGACCGACCGACCUUGAAAAUCCACUCACUCACUCACAAGCAGCAGACACACAUGCACGGCCAUCGUUCCAUCUGGAGCAGCCACAUGCACACCGACAUGGAGCAAGGAGCAAUACACACACACACACACACACGACACACAGCAAGGCAGCCAGUCGACCUUUCUCUCUCCCUCUCUCCGUCAGUCGGUGUCAGAAAAGGACGGCGAGCAGGCGAGGCCCCGGUUGGCCUGCCCGCCGUCCUUGUCCACGCCACACCAUUUCGCGCCCACACAGAUCGGCGCACCAAUGGAGUGGCGUGUGGACACAGACACAGGCACCACACACAUCGAUCGACCGGCACGUCCAAAAAUCCCUCUGCACGGGCACAUACAGACGCACACGCGCGACUCGCACACCCAGCCACCGAUCCGUGGUUGAUCCGCAUCGGCAAACAGCCUCACAGAUCCACUUGUCCGUUCCAUGCGAGCAGCGAGUGGCGAGCGUGCGCGCGUGUGUGUGUGUGGUGUGAUGUGACAUACAUGGCGGAACACGGUGUGAGGGAUGUGUGUGUGUGUGUGUCUGUGUGUGUGUGUGGAUGGAUGGAUGGAUGAUGAUCAAAAGCGGUCCGUCCACUCGAAGACAGACGGACAUAUAGGCAGGCAGACAGGCAUUGACGCAAACGGGCCUCACCGGCCUCACCAUGCCAUGCCGAAUUAGCAGAUACGUACGGGGGGAGGAUGUGCGUGAAAAGAUGGAAAUAUGUUGGUUGACCAAACGGUGCAUGGACAAUGGACAAAGGACAAUGGACAAUGGACAAGAACCGCAGGCACACAGGCAGGCACACAGGCAGGCAGGCAGGCAGGCAAGACAUGUAUGCUAUCGAGCGAGGGAUCGUGCGGGCUCUCGCCUCCUCCCUCCCUCCCUCCCUGGCUCUCUCUGCCUCCCUCCCUCCCUCCUUCCCUCCCUCUCUUCAAGUGAGUUGAGUGAGUGAAUGUUGAAAAAGACGGCCCCCCCUGCAAGUCACUUUGACUGUACAGCAGCAGCCUAGCCCUUCUCAACCAGGUCACCCAGCCAGCCACCAGUAAGCCGCCAAGCACACAAGCACACAGGCAGAAAGAAAGGUAGUCAGACAAGACAGCCCAGCCAGGCACCCACCCACCCACGCCCCCCUCCUCGAAGGAGGCAUCAAAACUCACCCCCCUUUCGACGCCAAUUUUUCCCCGAGUAGAUCUGUCUCCCCGACGUGAUGCCAUUGCACGGCACCCGCUUCUCACGCACACCCUCCCUCACACGCCCGCCCUCGCGAGCAUGGCGCUCGGUCGUGUCAAUGCAGACACAACACCACACACCACACCCACCCCCUCCACCACCGUCGAACACCCCGCCGCCCCCACCUCCAGGCCCCCCAUCAGCAGCCGCGUGUGUGUGUGUGUGAUGGUCACUUGGAGGGGUCGAGGUCGGGGAUGUCGGCCCGGUAUGACGCGUCGGCGGCGUACCAGUCGGUGUACUUAUACAUGCAGACUGUAGCGUUUCUGCCGGCGACCUUCUCCUCGAACUCGCAGAGCUGCUCCAUGAAUCCGAUGUUGGGGCAGAUGAUCUUGCGUUUGGCCAUGACAUGGAGGAAGGCCUCCUGCAGGCAGAACUGCCGCUUGUAGAUGAGGAAGGAGAUGAGGAUGGUGACGGACCGGCUGAUGCCCGACUUGCAGUGGAUCAGCACCGGCUCCUGACGCUCCAGGUAGCUGUCGACGAACUCCGACGCCUCCAGGAAGAACAAAUGGAUCGGCUCACGCGACACGUCCUCCACGUCAACACGGUAGUAGUCCACGUCAGGCACCAGCAACGAAUCCUGACAGACAGACGGAGGGACAGGGCAAGAAUAGGUGGCAUCGUCUCUUUGUUUGUUUGUGUGGGUCAGUAUCCGGUUCAGACGCACCGGGAACUCUCCGUUGGUGCAGCAGUUGACGAUAGCCUUGAUUCCCACGCUGGUCACGCCCUUGUGGUCUUCAGCGUCUUUGAUGCCUCCCAAGUAUAGCCCAGGAAUGAUCUGCACACACACACACACACACACCCCAGUCCAGAAGGGCACACACACAGACCCAUCCCAUGAGCAGUGCCAUCCUUUUCCCUGUGCAGCAAGUCGAUUUGCUGACUGACUGACUGACCUCGUGCAUCCAACUCGGGGCGCUCCUGUGUCUGACUCCAACAGCAGCAGCAGGUGGCUCCAGGGGAAGGCAGACCGAGUCGAUGUGGGGGUCGAGGCAUGCAAGCGGGUCACUCUCGAACGCCGACUGGACCAUCCGACACCCAGUCGACACGCAAAACGGACGGAAACGAGGCCACAGGCUGCGACCUGCCCUCCGGCGCCUCCUGCCUGACCGGUGAGAACCCCUCGGGUGGUGUCCCUCUGCGUCGGUGGAAGGUGUCCUGCUGGGUGGUGUCCGAUACUUGGAUAUGGUGUCCGCCACGGGGUUGGGCACUACCGACCCACCCGACCGCACACGUCGGAGAGCACCCGCCACGACGAUCAACACCGAACCGACACACACGAGAACCUCUCAAAAGUAGUGUGAACCACCCUCUUUCU